UCUGCUUAUGCCUUUCGUAUUGAAAAGUAACCAAGAUGAGAGCAAUGCGAAGUGCUAUUGUACUAGUGGUGUUGUCGAUAUACUUAGGGACAUCCUAUUCAACAGUCUGCGAGGGAGAUGAAUGCCAAACCCAGUGCGCUGCCUACUGCUUUGGGGUUUUAAAUCCGUGCAUGUCGAACUUGGCAAACCUACAACGACGGGCGGAGGCUUGUGAAGCAGCUGUAACUAUUGCGAGAAUAGCUCUUAAUGAUCGAAGGCUGGAGACUUUUGGUAAUUCACUAACGAUGCAACCAGAAAAGAAAAACAACUCGCAGCUACUUUUAGCAGCCACUCCAGCAGCCGGGAAAUUGGAAAGCAACGAAACUUUUCAGCAACUGGGCAGCAAAUAUUACUACAUUGAGAAGGAACUAAGGGUAAACUGGCACGAAGCCUUGGAUAAAUGCCAUAAAAUGGGGGGCCAUCUGGUCAGCCUGCAAAGCCAGGAGGAAUUGGACGCCUUCAACAGUAAGUUCGAUGGUCUGAAUCGCUACUGGAUCGACGUGACCAAUCAGUUCAAGGAUGACGAAUUCGUGUCUAUAACUAAAGGAUCGAAAGCCAACUUUUUAAGAUGGGCGGAUGGUGAACCCACCAAGGACGGCAAGUGUGUGGACAUACGAACUGUUAACGGGAAGACUACCAUGAACGAUAACACCUGCUCUGCAAAUCUUUUCUUCAUUUGCGAAAAAUCGAUCGAAGUAUAG